AUGUACAAGAAUAGUUAUAUAUUAGUGAUCAUCUCCUUGUAUUUAUUAAUUAUUGUUCAAACCAAUGCUCAGAUACCAAAUGUACGUAAGGUAACAACCUUGAAUCAUAAUGAUAAUGGUGAGGUCAAGUGUGAUAUCAAGGUGGUAUUGGGAUACAAUACUAGUGUAACCCUGACAUCUAUUAGGAUGACUGUACCUGUAUCUGGAACAAACAGGACUUCAACAUACUCCUACAAUGGUCUACAAUAUGCCGUACUCAUUGCCAGUGGACAACCACUUGGUUCCAAUGGCCUCCAAGGCUUUAUCGAUAAAGCCGACACAAGCAUGAUCAUGUGGAACGUGUCAUAUUUGUGCGAAGCCCCACAGAUGACCUUUGGCAUCUACAGCCAGUUGGCCAAGUACGGUGUCGUACCCAUGGCAAUGGUGAAGCCCCCAGGAUACCUUCACAAUGAUGAGAGCUACCGCAUGUUUGUUUCUGUCAAUUCAAGCUUGGAGAUUGUCCGUAGGAAUAAGUUUGAAUGCGCUGCUGAUGGCUACACCUGCGCCACAAUGCCCUACAUGCAACUGAACAACGGAACUUCAUUGCUGUGUUUGUCCAUAUUCCCAAGCACCAACCUAACAGUGACAUUGUCGGCAAAUAUCAAUGUGACCCUGACUAUGAAUGGAGUCCAGGUGGCUAACUUUGAUGUUGCCUCUGUGUUCACCAACGACACACUACCAAAGACAAUAGGAAGUCUGGACAUCUACCUUCUGGCCAACAACACUGGGCCUCAAUCAAUGUCAAUGGACUUUGCCAUGAUGGUCCGGUCGUCCGAGUUGACUGACUACUUCUACCUCCCGACCGACCCCUUUGGCUUUGGAACGGAGGAGAGAAGAAGUGUUAAGCCAGUAUUGGGCGCGCCAAACUCCGAAACAACGACCAUGGUUCUUGGCUGGGGUUAUCCCAAGACUGUCACACUCUACGAGGCCGUAGGCACUGGUCAGGCAACUGGUAACUUCACUACAACCUACGGCAGCCACCCCCCAAAGACUGUGACCAUCACUCCAGAUGCAUCAACUGAUGUCGGAUUCUACUCGUUCCAGGCGGACAACUUUGUGAUGGAGAGCUACAAGACAUGCAAGUUUGGCAAUGCACUAUCAUACGACGACAUGGUCUAUCCAUUUGGUGUGACAUCCAUCGCCAGUGAUCAGGGACUCAACAUGGGCCUCAGCUUCCUGGCCAGCACCUACGGCCAGGCCACCCCGAUCCAAUCCGCCCUUAGUUGUGGCACUGAUUCAUUGAGCUUGUUCAAGUUUGACAAUAGCAACAACCUGACCGAUACCACCGGGCCUGAGGUGCUCAGCAUCAACUUCCAACGAAUCAACGCCACAACCUACCACCUGCGUGCAGUGAUCCGUGAUGACAUCAGUGGAUUCUUCCAGAUGAUACUUACGCUGUCCACUGGAGACUACAUUGGUAUGAGUAAGGAGGACUUGGUUGAUGGCAAUGCUUUGCUUGGUACCUACGAGCAAAUACUCAUGGUCAAGAAUGCUUGGGACGACAAACAAUUCACAAUCAGCUCCAUCACUGAUCAUGCAUUCAAUGGACGCAUAUAUGACAAUGGAGAUGAUGAUAUGGAGGGUCGCUGGCCAUUGCGUACCACAACCUCACCUUGGGACUUUGACAUCGAGGACAUCACCAACUUCCAGUUUGACAACUACACAAUGGAUGUAAGCUCAGGCAACAUGAACAAUACAUUGUACUUCAACUCGACCAAGUUGGACCUCAACUUCAUCAUCAGCUUCACUUAUGGCCAUCCAGAACAGAACCCUUUGUAUCAAUCAUUCGGUGGAUACUAUAUGACCAAGGGUAUGUUUGUCAUCCCAUUCACCGUUCCAGCCAGGCUUACACACGUGAGCUUGAGUACUACAUCAAGAUUGAACCUUCCUACACCAAUGGAAUGA